CGAGCGUACAUCCCCACUUCUCGUUUGCAAGUUCGCUCGUCUUCAGUUGCAAGUCGCGACUCGCGUAGUAUUUAAAACAUCGCUGUGCAAUGUUCGCGCGUUUACUUCGAGUGUAACACUAUAUAUUCGUUAGAAAAAGCUUUUACAAGCGUAAUUAAUUAUUUUCUAAAAAUAUGACAUUUGUCUUUGGUAUUCGCCGAUGUCACAAGUCACAACACUAUUCUCAAUUGUCAUCAAAAUCAUGAACUGUGUACAAGUGCUAUUAGUGUUACAAGCGGAUCAUCUUGACAUUUUAAUUUGUGUUUUCUAAAGUUUAUAUCUUUAAUAAUUUUGUAAUUGUAAAACUACAAAAAGAAACAACAUAGAGAAGUGUCUUAAAAUAAAACAUUUUGUGUUUGUUUUUGGCAAAGUGAUUAAAACGUGGCCUCUGACGACGACGAGGCUGGUGGAACACGUAGUAUUCCACCAAAAAGUGAAAACCAAAUGUGCUUGGUUGAAAGACGGGGUACUAUACUGAGUCCUUUAAAUAUGACCAUAGCAACGAGAUUACCGACACAAAAUGCUUGUGUGGAAGUGGGGGUGCCUCUCAACAGUUGGUCAACAGGUGUUGCUUGCUGUCCAAACUGCAAGCAUGAGCUCCGAGUCUCUUUGGCCUGUGCUAAGACUCACACACAAACUUCUGUGACACCAGUCACACCACCCUUCACUCUCCAGCCAACAUACUUGCCACAUUCUCCUUUAUAUACAACACCAUCUUCACCAUUAAUACCAACCCCAUACAAUGAUGAGUUGAGACGGUUAGCUGAUACGCUGAGAGCAUUAAGACUGUCUGGGUGGUACUAUGGAAAUUUAGAUUGGCAGGGUGCUCGAAAUUUACUUAAAGACGCAAGUGUCGGUGCUUUUGUGAUAAGAGAUUCCGGUGAUAGAAAUUUUAUAUUCUCACUGUCUGUGCAAACAGAAAGGGGACCAACUUCUGUCAGGCUACACUAUGAGCAGGGCUUCUUUAGGUUAGACUGCGACCGGCCUCUUGCCAGGUAUAUGCCGCGGUUUCGGUGUGUCGUGGAACUCGUACAGCACUACACUCGAGUCGGCGAACGAGGACCAGCGGGCACAGUUUGGGUGGACCGAGAGGGAUGCCCACAUUCUCCGGUCCUUCUAAAAGUCCCUCUUAAGAAAUCGCCACCGACUCUACUUCAUGCAGCUCGCCUAGCGCUUCACAAGACCCUAGACUCAAACCCGCUCACGCCAAAACUUUGGUGUGCCCCCAAACACAGGCUUUUGCCACUGCCCUCCACUCUAAUAGACUAUCUCGGCGAAUAUCCAUACUCAAUCUAACGUUUGGAUCUGUUCUUUAGUCUUUAUGUAGUCUAAUCGCGUCUUAACGAUGCCUAGUGAAGAUAUUAGGGUAUUAGAGCAAAUAUAUAAUGGAAAUAAUAUGGACUAUGCAAAUAUUAAUUGCAGUAAGAUAAUAAUGUAACCCUAAGUAUAGUCACAUUGCAUUAAUUUAUAUUUAUUGUACAAAUGUACAUUAAAAGUUAAAAGCUAGUACAGGAUGCUAGACAUAAAGGGCGGGCUCCUUUAUAAAACUGACUAACAAUCAUUUAUUUUUUAAUAGUUAAAUUAUAACUUCUGUAUUAUUUAUAAGUAUUCAAUAUGGGACUCAAUUAUGGUAUUUAGUGAAAUAUUUACGCAGAUGUUUUUUAAGUGUGUCUACUGUCUAACCUGUAUAUAUAGAUGUUUUGAAUGUAAUGCAAGACUGAAUUCUUUGAGCAUCUAUCAACAAUUGUAAAUCGCCACUUUAAAUAACAGUCAGUAGUAAUAUUAUUGAAACAAUAUAUUUUGUUUGAUUAAGCAAUUAUUCAUAAAUGCCUAAUCUUGUCCAUAAUAUUAAGAAAUCAUCACACUAUUUUGUAGAGCUAUAUUUUAUUUAUUUAUUUCUCGACUAAAAAUAAUAGGCUAAUUACUGACACACAAUAUUUGUUUUGUUCCUAUCUAAGAUUACUCAUACUGCGAGUUAAAUUAUUAAAGUGAAUCGUAUAAUAGUUUCAGUUCGAAGAUUAUUUAAAAAAUAUUCUUUAAUUAGUUAAAUAUAAAAAUUAGAAUGAAUAAGUUGAGGAAAAUUGCUCCUAAUCUUAAAAAUUGUCUUAAACACAGUAAUAUCAAUAUGUGCCAUCAAAACAUGAAUACAAAGUAUGAUUACUUAUAACAGAUAUUUUGAGGCUGAAUAUGUAUAUAGUAAUUGUUUUGUUUUUCCUAUUUAUUUUUUUGAAUUGUAAUUAGUGUAAUAAAAUCUUAAUAAUACAAAAUGUAUACCAUGUAAUGGUUGCUUAGUGUAGUAUAGGGAUUUGGCUAGUGAUGUUCACUAAUGUAGAAUAAAACAUGUACCUUAAAUAAUCUCAGUUAAAUAUUAAGCUUCACAAUAUUUUGUUAGCGCAAAAUUAAUAUAUUUAUAAUACAUGUGUGAAAAGUAAAUGGUGUCAGCCUCAAAUAACAUGCAUUUGUUUUAUUAUGAGGCAAUUUCUUAAAUUAAUAUAAAAAUUGUUUAACAACAUACUUAUUUUUAUACUAUUUCUGAAAGAAACAAAACACCAAGUAAUUAAGUGUGACAUAAUAGGAGGAUGUUUGUUCGUAGGUUUAUGUAUUAAAAGAAAAGCAAAUAAUUUAUAUACAAAAAAAUAUACAUUCGGCCUUUAA